UGCAAUUCAUUCACUUCCUCAUCACUCAGUCGAUUCUCAACUUUCACUUCGAGCACCUUGCUGUGAUGAAGCCGAGAUCCGAGUAUGAACAAUCUCAAUAUGAAGAAAAUAGUGAAUUUGUGUUAUCGGAUGAGGAACGAGAACCUUUGUCUGAACCUGGUGGUGAAAUCAUAGCUGACAGUCCAAAUCCUGGGGAGCCCAGGAGUCCCAACAUCUCAAACUCUCUCAAUGGCUCCAGUCAACAAUUCAUCAAUCACAUCGAUACGGUGGUGUCGAAAGUCAAGUCACUUGCCCAAGGUGGUACAUGGGAGUCUGUUUUGAGGCAUCGCAGUGGUGUUGAGGUUUUUGCGCAAAAGAAUGUCGCAAUGAUCGGCAACACAAAGGUGGCACCUGUCUUCAAAGGUGUAGGAUUGAUCAGGGGAUAUUCUCCCGCAUCUGUCUUUUCAGUGAUAGGCUCGAGUAAAUUGUGGGAUGAUUGGUACGAGGACGGGAACUUGGUUGAAAAUCUGAGUGAUGAAGUUAGUUUGACGUAUAUGUGUAUGCAAGCGGCUUUGGGAACCCGGACGAGAGAUCUAUCUUUGGUCGAGAAGGUGGAGGUUACGGACGACGGAUCAGUUUUUUUCUGUGCAUCUUCGGUGGAUACGCCGCGGGUUCCUCCAGUGCCGGGACGAGUAAGAGCUCACAUCGAGCUCAAUGGUUGGGUACUUGAGCCCGCAGACCUAUCUUCGGCGGGCCUUACUGACUCUACGUCAUCGAUCGGCACCAAAAUAUCGUAUUAUUUGCAAAUUGACGUCAAGACAUUCAUCCCUGAAGCUAUCAGCCAGCGAUACCUAGCCAAACGACCGUUAUGUAUCACGAAAAUUGACUCGUACCUUCAAAAGCACGGCUCUCCACUUCAGAUGGAAGGAAUAGACGAGAGCGAGUCCCAUCCUCGACAAGGCGGAAACCGCAAGACAUUUAAUCGUGGAUUCUUGUCGCUAAAUGCGUUAAACCAGCCCAACAGUAAAACGAAAAAUCGCAGUUCUUCUUCCUCGGUUGUCUCCAGUCUAAACGCCUCUUCCGAUCAGACCCCUUCCAGAAGCCGGAAACCAACAUUUGCCAGUCUCGGACGCUCGCAUAAAUUUCACCUCCAGCGUCCAUUAUCAACAUCCAACUCUGUACCUGCCAUCAAUCUCCAGAGUCCCAAUCUCCCGUCAGAUUUUGCUCCAACCACUGAUAGAACUUUGCUUUCCCCGCCCAACUCCACCCCUGCCCAACAUGUCCAUCGAGACGAUGAUCACGUUCUGAUGAUCGACCAUGUCCCUGUAAACCAAGCAGCACUCAGUUAUCAAGCUUUAAAUUCGGCUCUUGGCGAAUUUGAAACACAGCUAAUAGAUCGCAGUAAUAAUGAGCAGUCUUGGACAGUAGCGAACGACUGUAUGAACCUCCACAAGAUAUGGUACAAGCCAUAUUCUACCUCUGCAGGAGUGAGCUCAAAGGAUUGCGUUAGGCUGCCAUUGGUGGGUGGCGAGGUCACCAUAUUGUCGUCUUACCAUGAUCGACUGCGACCACUCACCAAAGAACAAGUCCUAAUUACGCUCACGAGUAACGUGGCUCAGCAACUCUGGGAUGUGAAUCUUGUCGCUCAUGGUCUAUCCGAAACGGAUACCAGCCCUCAUCCCAGUUUGAUUAAGACUGAAAACGGGUUCGACCAGAGCACGCAUAUCGGUGCCAUGCGCGGCAUCCAUCCCCACCUACCCGAACGCUCACUGUUUUGUUUUGAUCAAAUGGUCGUGAGGCAAUCCAAGGAUAACAAAGAAAACAGCGUUUCUGCCAGGAUCACAGUAAUUCAAAGUUCGACGCAAUCGAAUAUGGACCCCUUAGACAAUUCGAGUAAAAUCGAGCUACACCAUUCGGCUCAAAAUGAUCUAGAUCCCAUCUUGAAGGAUGCCAUUUCCGCCAAGACUCUCAGUCACCUGAAAUUAUCUGGAUGGCUGAUUGAAACGGGUAGACUUCAGGACGAGAUCAAAUUGACUCACCUUUGCGCCUUAGAACUCAAUUCAACGCAACAAGCUCUUUCGGAUCAAAAGGUGUUAUCGCCUUUUAUUGAACGAAUCAUCAUCAGUAAUAUUGCAAACAGACCACAUGAUGUUCACCAGUUCAUCCUGGACAAUGGUUUUUUCCCUGGAUGGAUCCGUUGGACGGAAGGGGAGAUUCUAUACCUGGGCGAUUGUGUUCGUAGCGAUUCCGAGUUGAUAGAAGUGGACGCGGCUCGGAAAGGCGAAGUAGAAUGGAGAUUUCGAAGACACAAGACUAGUGGCGCUGUUAUUGAGGAUGCAAUCACAACGGCCCUUGCGCUUGGCAGUACUGAGUCGCAGAUAUGUUGGUUCCAGUGGAGUAGCCAGAUGUAUGAGUGUGGGAUUGAAUUAACUCUGGAUCCCCCGGAAGCCGCAAAAGUGUUGCGGGUGAAAAAGAUGGACAACACACUUCAAUUCAACUGGAACCCAUCCAGCCUCCCAGCAGAGGCAAGUGAUUUGCGUCUACGUGCAAAGCAAAUCAGUGAUCACAAGAACGCAUACCCUGGUAAUGUGAUUGUGAAUGGGGAGCUGUUGAAGGAGGAAGUUUACCCGCCUGUCCGCAGUUCGAAACGCAAACAUUCAUCUGCAAUCAAAUCACCCACGAGUCUCCGAAAUGGGGUCAUAAACUCAGAUUCUAGCAGUACUGGUGCCAAUACAAAAGAAACCAGACCGCCUUCUGAUGCAAGCGGUCCUAACCUAGUUCUCGCGGGCAUCAAGACAGAUCAUAGGGAACCGAUGCAAGGGUCAUCGACAGCCACUCUCAGCGCUUCCGAUCGUAGGUUCUCUCCCACAUCCAUCAUCGGGGCUGGUUCAGAUUUAUCAACGACCACAGUGAUGGACGGACAAGUGUUGGUGGACUCAAAUGUGAUGUUGAUCAUCACUCAAGACUUGUACUUCACCAAGUCUCAGGUUUUGUUCCUGUCACUCUGCGUUGGAUUGGCCUAUGCAUACGGGAAAUUCGCGUGAUCAUUUGAACGUCCUCAACUCUUAAUACUGAAGAAGGUCUUCAAAGCGUAUUUUCUUUGCACGUCUUCUUUACCAGAUUAAUUAAAUACUUCAGAGAUUGUUGAAUAAUAUAUGUGGCGUGGUGAAACUUUUUUUUAGAUGGACAAGCAUUAUGAUGGAUUUGAGCAUGCAUGAUACGGGUUCUUAUGGUGUAAUUUGUUUCGUAAUUAUGUUGUUGAUUGUUUUUGCAGCGCUUGUUGUUGUAUCGGAUUUUAUGUUUUUAAUUUGAGAAAGAAUAUUGAUUGUUGAGGUUUUUUUGUUUCUAUCUAUGCAAACAACACCCUAAUUGGUUUAGUUCAUG